AUGGAGAUAAGUGUUACGUGUGAAAAAAAAAAAAAUAAAAGUGAAAAGAAAAAAAAGGACAUCCCAUUAUCAGAGAAUAUCGGAGAAGAUAUUCCUAACAAUGAUCAUGUUAUUAAAAGUAUCGUUUGUGUUCGUGAUUUUCCUAGACUUUAUACAUUUGGUUCAUCACUUUCUAUGCCUCCAAGAAAUGAAAAUGAAAUAUCUUUUGAGACAGGAAAUGGUUUAGAAGUUAUCGAAGAGGUUGAAGAACCUGAUGAAGAAGAUAAUUACUUUGAUCACACUUUUGAUGAUCAAACAAGUUUGAUUAAAACUUUAAAUCAUGAUUCAUCAAAAAAAUCUUUAAAAGAUAAAAAAAAUGCUAAUAGACGUCAUGUAGUUACUUGUGUUAAUACAAGUUCUACAUUUACUAAUGUUACAUUAGAUGAAAACAUACCUUAUGGUGAUGAUGAAAAUCGUAUAAGCUUUUUUGGGGAAUUUACUGAAAGUAAUGAUCAGGGUUAUUUUGAAGAUAGCUUUAUUGGAACUGAAACAUUCUUUCCAAUUCCAUUAAAUGCCACAUCUGGACAAUUUUUAGCACCAGGAACAAUUUCUCCCACUCCAGAAAUUGUUGAAGAAAACAACUUUCUUAGAAGAAUGUAUCAAACAUUAUUCUUAAACUGUUUUGGAUUACGCACAAAACAAAAAUCAGUUAUUCGUCCAAUAAUACGUCGUUAA